AAACAUCGCACCUAUCGCAUCACACAAAAAAGUUAAUCUUCGAGGUGAUAAAAUAAGGUUCCAACUUCGCAAAAGGGUGGUUUAUUCACUAUGAAUAUUCUACCGAAAAAGAGAUGGCACGUUCGGACCAAAGACAAUAUCGCCCGUGUCCGACGGGAUGAGGCAAAAGCUGCAGAGGAAGAAAAGGAACGGCUACGGAGGGUUGCCUUGGCCGACCAAGAAGCUCGUAUAAACUUAUUGCGUGAAAAAUCUCGCGGCAAGCAACAAGACGGUCAUACCGAACCUACCGUUGAAAGUGAAAUCAAUGCACGAGUGACGAGACAGGAACACGUCAACUUCUUUUCGGAACUUGAGGAAGGUAAGCACGAUGGCGUUAAGCGCAGCAAUUUGGAUCAUGAGAAGGAAAAGAAAGAAGAGCAGGAAAAGUACGAAAAACAAAUCGGGUACCUCACGUACCUCGGGCAGGAUACAAACGAAGCCCUCGGUAAACGGGACUGGUACGAUACGGCACCGAAGCGGGAGGAAACGCUCGACGAUCACGGGAAGCCCAUAGAGGUUGGAUUGAAAACCAAAAGCUAUCACGAUCCAUUGAAUGUGAUUCGAAGGUAUGUUCCGAGCACAAAGUUCCAGCCCUCCGUUCCGUCCACUUCAAAGCCACCGGAGGAAACAUCCGCCAACUCGGCCCAGCUCCUUCCAACAAAGCAAAUAUCAUCCUAUCAACCGCUCACAGAGCAAAGUAAACGCAAGCACUCUAAAAAGCGACGUUUGAGCGUAAGCUCGUCCGACACAUCGCACUCGAAAAGGAAAAGUAAGAAGCACAAAAAAGAUAGCGAGAAAAGGAAGAAAAAGGAAAAACGGAAGAAAAGGAAGCAUAAAAAAUCAACCUCGGAAGACAGCGAUAGCACUGAUGAGGAACAAUUGCGGAUUAAGAAAGCUAAUCUGGAACGAAUGCGAAAGGAACGCAUUGCGAGGGAAAGGGAGGAAAAAGAAAGGACAGAAAAAAUGCUAGCACGGCUACGGGGUGAUCCGGAACCUGUACCACCAAAACCAAAAGAAGUCCCACAAAAUCAACCCUUACGUCAAAAGUAUAACUCCCAAUUUAAUCCGGAGCUCGCAAAGCAAAAUUACGAAUAAAAUGAUAAGAAUUGUAAAA